AUGAGCCACGUGCACAAGAUGGACACAGACGAUGACGGCAUGGAACGCGCUCCAUGGGAGGAUGGAGCUCUCACGGUGGACGUAACUUCGGUUUCUGCGGAGGUCGUGCUCAAGAACUGCCUCAGUGAUGACCUCCCUUUACGGCUUGCUUACAUCAAGGGUUUGGCGUCCGCAGCCACUCGGGCCAGCAAAAGGGAGCUCGGCAAACUGCUGGAGGUGGGGCCGGGGAGGGUUUCGGAGCGGGAAAUUGUUCGGCAAAUAGGGCCGUCCUCAACGGUCAUUGGCUGUGCCGUUGCUCUCGCUUCACCCCGGACCCCGCGCCGGCAGGCAUUGGAGCCUUUGCUUGAUGACGAAGCCCUGGGUGUACGACUGGAGACUCUGCAACAGCUGCAACAGCUGGCUAAGCUGGCUGGUCAAACGGUGUCGCGGGAGGACGUGGAGGAGGCGGUGUCGGACGCUCUGGAGCAGCAGCUGAGGCCCUCCCUCGACCCGGGAGGCCCGGGAGGCAGCACACGCCAGGGAGGGGCGGGUACGGGAGCACUGCCCAUGGUCCGGGAAGCGCUCCUGGCCUCGCUGGACGCGGUGUGUGGAUACCUGCCGGGGGCAAAACGCAGCGGGCUGCUGCUGCGGCUGCUGCGAGCUGUUAAUAACGCGCUUGAUAAGCAGUCUGCCUCAGGGGGUGGAGGCGGCAUUGGCGGUGGCGGCGGUGGCAGCAAGGCCAGUGGUGACGCAGCACUAAUGGCGCUUUCGUUGGCGGUCGUGGGUGUACGGCACCUGGAUCCGGGUCGCGGCGGCUUGGCCAUGGCUGCCAUCGCCGGGCGGCUGUGCACCCAUGCUGACCUGCGGGUCCGGGAGCUGUACGGCGGCUACGCCGCACACCCUGGAGCGUUAGAGCAGAUGUUCGACACGUACGAGCCGCUCUGCAGCGACAAGGUGUGGAGCGUACGGCAGGCAUGUGCUCGUGUGGUCUCGGAGCUAUCACGGUUAUGCAGCUGCACCGAUGGCGACGCCGAUGAGCCGCAAAACAACAGCAACGAAAAACCAAAACAGCAGGAGCAGCAGCAGCAGCGGCGACAACGUGCUGAUGAGUUGCAAAUUCGGUUGCUACGUCGCCUUUUCCUGGACACCUUGCUAGCGACCAAGUCCCAAUGGGUUGUGACAGCAGCCCGACAGCAGGCCGGUGCCGCCGUCGCGACGCUGCGGCGGGGGACGCCGACGGCGGAGCUGCUGGCGCCGCUGGUGGAGUCGUACUGCGCCUCGGCGUCGGCGGUGGGGCAGGGCGCAGUGGAGGUACGGCGGAGGUGCGCCGAGAGCUUCGGAGAUGUGGUGGCUAAGCUAGUUGAGGCGGACUGCUGCCGCUGGUCCGAACUGCAGCCCGUUAUGGUGCGACUGCUGGCAUCAAACGACGGGCCCACGCUCUGCAGCCUGGUGGCGUCAGCGGAGCGUGUUGUACGGCUGCUGGCAGCAGCCGCAGCAGCGGCUGCUCCGGAAGUUGGAAGAGAGGAGGAGGCGGAGGACAAGGCGCAGAGGCAGCGUCUGCAUGAUGCGGCACGGCAGGUGGUUUCGGGGCUAUUUCUCGAUGUGCUCCGGAACCAGCUGUACGUGGUGGCAGGGGCAGCGUCCUCCGCCUUGGCAGGGCUGCUGGGGGUUUGCCCCCCGGAGCUGCAAAUGGAGCUACUGCAGCUACUGCCAUCGCUCUGCAAGCCGCCUAUUGCCGCUGAAGCCACCGCUCGCUGCGGCGAUUGGCGUCCGCGCCUCAGCCUGGCGUUACAGCUGCACGUCGCCAUGCGUGCCGUAGCGCAGGGUGGGGGUGGCGGCAGCGGCGGUGGCGACGGAGCCAGUCCCGAAGCGACGGCGCUCGUCGCGCAGUGCGCCGUGACGCUUUGCGGCGAUCCCGUGUGGGCGGUACGGCAGGCUGCGGCGACCCAGGUAGUGAGUACGACGAGUACGACAAGUACGGCGAGUACAGGUGGCCCGACCCCUGAAGGCAUCAAGGAGCCUCACACGCUGCCGGUGGCUGCGGGAGCCGGCGUCGGCGCCGCUGCUGCUACAACCGUCCCUUCGGCCUCGCUGCUUGGCUCUGAAAUGUUCGAACCAGCGAGGCGGGUUUCCGGUCCGUUUGCGACCUUAACGGAGCAGCAGCGGGUGUGGCUCGAAGCGGUGCUGGCGAAGAGAUGCGAAUCGGACGGUGCAUUGGACGGAGACAGUCCUGAGAAGGGCCCCCGCGCCGCCCGCGGCACAAAUCAGAAGCCGAGUCUUCUUCCAAAGUCUUCGGAACUUCUUUCAGCUCCGACUGCGUAUACCAGUAUUAGUACCUUCCCAUAUACCAGUAUUAGUACCUUCUUGUCUGAGCUGCACGGCUGUCGAAGGCAGCAACCGGCGAGGCUGAGCGUCGUAGGAGAGGAACUUCGCAGGUCCAAGAACGACAGAGAACGGCGGACGCCGCGGCGGCACCAGCUCGCUUUCGAGGAGCCUCACCCCUCCUCCUCCUCAGUCAUCGCUGCUGCAGCCAACCCACCAAGGACCUAGUUUUCCACCUCCCGUGCAUGCGGAAAGUUCCUGGGGCUCCGCUAGCUGCGCGGCCCAUGCCGUCCCUCAGCCCAACGGCCCGCGGCCUUUGCGGGGCCUUCCCUUUCGCUGCCUGCAGCUGUCCGGCCCUGCGAUGUAUGGACUGAUGUAUGGACAGUAGUCCUCUGGCCUCCAUCAUCAUUUGCUUCAUGUGAUAACAAGUCUCCGAAGCUUUACCCGCAAUCAGCAUAUUAAGUAUGAUCCCCCCUCACGGUGUCGUGCUGUGUGGUGUAAUAACCUUAUCAAGUGUAGUGUAGUAAGGAAUGCCACCACGGCGCAGGAAACCACCGGGUUCUGUUCUGCCGAUCCUGUUGAUGAUGUCAAUCCUUUGCUAAUAGGGCGGGAAACCUGAGCUAACGCAAUGUUAUGGUUUUUUGAAGGCACGGACCUCUCUCAAUCGCAUUUUUCGCCGCGUCCUAAGACUCCGCGCCCGCUUCCGAAACAUUUAUAGACGGUUAGUGCCCAGCACGCUUGAA